UUUCGAAAUAGACUUGUUUGCGUGGUAGAUACAUUGUAGUUGUUUGAUAGUGUAAAUCUGUUAGGGAUUAUCUCAACACUUUUACACAUUGUUAGGGACAAUAUAGUUCUUUUGCCGUUUGUUGUUUUUUGUUGUUUACAGCCGAAGACGUGAUGCCGAGCCACCCUCUUCGAGUUGCGGUGGUGUGCUCUAGCAACCAGAACCGCAGUAUGGAGGCUCACAAUAUCCUCAGUAAACGAGGGUUUGAUGUCCGUUCAUUUGGGACAGGCUCACAUGUGAAGUUGCCUGGCCCUGCACCGGAUAAGCCAAAUGUGUACGACUUCAAAACUACAUACGAACAGAUGUACAACGACUUGGUUCGCAAGGAUAAGGAACUAUAUACACAGAAUGGUAUUCUUCAUAUGUUAGACCGUAACAAACGCAUCAAAGCAAAGCCAGAGCGUUUCCAAAACUGCAAGGACAAGUUUGAUCUGAUCAUCACUUGUGAGGAGAGGGUGUAUGACCAAGUACUAGAGGAUUUUAACUCUAAAGAGGAAGAGUUGUCACAGCCUGUGCAUGUCAUCAAUGUAGAUAUUCAAGAUAACCAUGAAGAAGCCACUCUGGGAGCUUUCCUCAUUUGUGAACUGUGUCAAUGUCUUCAACACACGGAUGACAUGGAGAAUGAAAUUGAUGAGCUCCUACAAGACUUGGAGGAUAAAAGUAAAAGGACUUUCCUACACACUGUGUGCUUCUACUGAAUGAAUAGAAAAUGCAAUAAUCACACGUUCCAAUAACAAGCAUUCAGAUCACAAACUAUGGACAGUGUCCCAUCAUAGGUAACAUAAUUUACAGUGUGCCUGUUGAAGCUCAGAGCCACAAAAGCUGGACUGAACAUGGCUGCUGUGAUGAAAGUGAAUCCCUUAGGUGAAAAUGUUACCUCCCAGAAGAGUAGGAACUGCCUGCUUGAGCUCUGGCUUUUUCUGCAGGGCCUCUAUCCCUGUACAGUCAAAUCACUCAACCAUGCAACUCAUAAGCAUUCAGCACAGGUGACUCUUUGAAAUGAAUUUUUGUAUGGCAUAUUACCAUAGAUGAGAUUUUUUUUUUGUCCUGUAAAUUUCCGUAAUUCUAAUUCACAAGCAUUUAGUUUUCACCUUGGGUAUCCAGGAUUGUAUUUAUUUCAAGGGGUCAAACUGAGAGAAGUAACUGAGUGGAUUAUUCUAUGCGACUGUAAUGAUGAGAAUUAAGUUAAAUAUUUGUUGCCUAAUAAUAAGUAACCAAAUGUACAGAAGCUCUUCAAUGUAUUUUCUGUAUAAUGUGUACAUUUAUAAUCAAGGUGCACUUGCUGUAUAUCAGGGCAUCUUUUUUUUUUUUUUUUUUUUUUGUAAAUUGAAGUUUUUUGUUAGAAGAGCUCAAAUGAGUGCCUGAUUUUCUGUAUGAAUUUGAUUCUGCAAAAAAUUGUUGAUGAAAGUAGUUUGUCUCUCAGUUUGUUAAACUUGCUCUUCACAGCGUAUACGAGCAAACCAUCAAAUCAUUUUAGAUUUGACUGGUUCCAGUAAUGUCUAGUUGGGGUGUGUUGAAAGAUAAAAGAAUAAAUAGGAUAUCACCCCCUCAAAUCAGAAAAAAACAUGUCAACAUCUUGUUUUACUUUGACAAAUGAAUAAAUUACGUAAACAGUCA